AUGCAUAUUCAUAUGAUUUAUAAUUAUGGCAUUAGUGAAGAUAAUCUGAAAUUAACAAGUGGCAUUAGAGUCGAUGAAAGUACAAUUAGUCAAAUUUUAAAAACCAGUGAUAAACAACUUACUACUGAAGUUCUUAACCCUGAUGCCAAACAGUACAGAUCCAUUACAGUUCCAGAAGUUGAGGCAAAAGCUCUUGCUAGAGAAUUUGGUGUUCUAUCGGAAAUAUUGCAAUUCUCACAUAGCUGGUUACAAAAAUUCAAGGAAAGAAAUAGUAUUUGCCAGAUAAAACUUCAAGAUGAAUCUGCAUCAGCAGAUGAUGAAGCUAUUAUCAAUGCUUUACCAUUGUUAAGUUCAAAAUACACCAAAAUUCUUCCUGCUAGUUAUAAUGCGGAUUUACGAAAUCUUUCUGAGAAUAUUUCUCAAGAUAAUGGUUCUAAAAUUAAUGAUCUUUCUAAAAUGCUUAAAAAUAUUAAUUUUUCUGAUUCUAUGCAAGUCAAUAAAUUUUUAACUAUCCCAGAAGAAAAGAUUAUUUAUACAGUUUUUAAAAGUGACAAAGCUAUUGAAGAGCUUGUGGAAAUAUUUAAGGAUCAAUAUGAUCUAGAAUAUUCAGAACUUGAUAAAAUCGAUGAUAGUUUAGAGAUUUCUACAAUUAUAGCUAAUGAAGUAUUUAAAAGUUUAGAGACUGUUCACUUGUAUCUACUUCAACAAGAAAAUACUAGUGAGAAUCUUAAAUUG